AUUAACUAUUAUAAAAAUCCGAGAUCAGACUUCAGAGUUUAGUCAAAUUUUAAACGAAUCGUAAUUAGUAUUUGGUAAUAAUAUUGCUGCAAAAUAAUUCAUCCUUAAUCAACAUAAUAUUAAUAAUAUCAUAUCAUGAUAUUUUUUUAUUGCUUUAUUUUUCAAGGAGCACUAUGACAACAGUCAUAGUAAAAUAUUGAUUUACAAUUUAUAGUCCCAAAGAUUUACAGCAACUUAAAUUCAAAAUAUUACUUUAAAACAUAAAAAGGCAAAAUGAGGUGUUGCAGAACCUGUUUAGGUGAAGGAAAAGAAAUGAAACAUAUUCAUACCAUUAUUUAUAUUGCUGGGAACGACGUUCGUCUUUCUGAUAUUUUAUUAAAUUUUUAUAAUUACAAGGUUGAAAAAAUGUUGCCUGAGUAUAUUUGUAUUAAUUGUGUAUACCAGCUUACAAUCACAUAUUCAUUUAAAAUAUUAAUUGAAUCAAGUACAAAAAAAUUGAAGGAAAAAAUCACUUACAUGGAGUCAGAGAGUGAUAAUAAUGAUGAUUAUUUCGCAUCAGGUGAAAAGGAAUUUAGUGAACAAGACAUAAAACCAAAAAUUAAAAUGAAUAAUUUAGAAAUUGAAUCAUCGGUUGACCUAUUUUGUGUUGAAUGCAAAGCAGAGUUCAGCUCUUCAAAGUUACUUUAUGAACAUUGUUUGAACACUCAUCCGAUCAAAAACACAGUCGGUAGAGCUUGUGAGUAUUGCUGUGAAAAAUUUGAAGACUUUCGAUCAUUGAUCAUGCAUAGAAAACUCCAUUUGCGACCUUUCAUAUGCGAAAAUUGUUGGGUGGGGUUCUACAGACAAGAGGACAUAAUCGGUCAUCACUGUCAGCCUAGCCACAAUAAGUCUAAAGAAAACACAGACAAAAAGCUUUUACGACAGUGUGAUCAGUGUGGAAAGUCAUAUCCUCCCGGGUACAUAAGAAUACAUAUGUUAACUCAUGGUAGUAAUCGAGCCUACAGUUGUAAGUAUUGUCCCAAAAAAUUUAAAGUACCAGGUAGUCUCAAUUCUCAUGUACUUUGGAAUCAUAAAAGAACUAGAAAUCAUAGAUGUGAAGUGUGCAAUGCUACUUUUAUAACAUCUAGUUCUAGAAGUUCACAUAUAAGAAAAAAUCACUUGAAAGAAACAAAAUACUCUUGUGAAACUUGUGGAAAGCGUUUCUUCUCUAAGUCAGAACUGCAGAGACAUUCACUGACUCACACCGGAGUUAAGAACUUCCACUGCCAUUUGUGUGACAAGUCCUAUCAGACUCGCUAUGGACUAAAUGUUCAUUUGAAAUCACAUCCACAGCCUGUAUUAUUGAGUCUCUAACUAUAAAUAAGUAAAAAGUAUUUUAUAAAUGAUCUCACUAUUAUCUAAUAUUUAUUAAAAUAAAAUGUAGACAAAACUAUGUCUAUUUAUUAUAAAUUCAUAUUAACAGAAUUUAAUUAAAAAACUAUAUAAAACAAAACAUUUAUUUAAAGAAAUGUUAAAAUAUACUUUGAACUAUAACAGUGAUUUUAAUAGUCAUGGCAAAUGCUAAUCAUUUUAAUUGUAAUUAGUACAAUUUGCUGAUUUAAGUACCAAAGAAAAACCAAACUUGGCAUUGCAGCAUCAUUUUGAUUAGAAUAAUUAGCAUUUAUGAAAAUACAAUAAUUACCUCAAUAAAAUCUUGAGAAUGUGCAAUCAUUCAUCAUAAAAUUUAGAAAAACAGCCUCUAAAUUGACAAUAAUUUAAAUACUAAUCGGUGUAACUAAGAAACUAUACUAGAAGGCACAACUUAAAUUUACAGAUUGCUAUAUAUAUAUAUACAAAAUGGAAAAAUUUUUAAUGGUGAGAAAAGGUGAAAUGUGCUCAGAAAAGGUUUUUAUUAUGUACUGAAUGUGAAAAAUAGGAUCAAAAUUUUGCAAUUGUUAUUUGUAAAAAUAGUAGUUAAGUUAUAACAACAUUACAUAUUUUUCCUAAAAAUAAAAAGUUUGCUGUGGAAAACUUUUGCAUUCUUAUAAAUACAAACUAAUGUCUACCCGUGUCACUGUUAAUGAGUGUUAAUGAGUGGUUAGGUUAAACAUAAUUAAUUUG